CUCAUUCUCGUAUUUUCACCAGUAACAGAUUAUGGCCGCCGAGCAGAAGAGUGCGCUGAACAUUGUCAUGGGAGCAAUGACAUUUGGGGAGGCUGGAAAGGAAGGUGCCCGGGUACACGACCUCAAAGAUGUUGAGGCAAUAUUGGAUGUCUUCCAAAAGCAUGGACAUUAUGAGGUUGAUACCGCUCGCGCCUAUUGUGGUGGAACAAGCGAAGAGUAUCUCGGAAAGAUAAACUGGCAGAAACGUGGACUCAAGAUGGAUACGAAACUUUACCCAAACGUUUCAAACGUCAGACUUCAGCAUCACGGAAGAGAACUUAUCUCUCAUAAACCAGAAGAUCUACGAAAAUAUCUUCAAAUCCAACUCAAGGCACUGAACACAGAUAAGCUUGAAAUGUGGUAUCUCCAUGGACCAGACAGAACAACUCCAUAUGAAGUCACAAUGAAGGCUGUAGAUGAGCUGUACAGAGAAGGAUACUUUAAGCGCUUUGGAAUCAGUAACUAUACCUCUUGGGAAGUUGCCGAGAUUGUGACUCUAUGUAGAGAAAGGGGAUACAUACAACCUACAGCUUACCAGGGCUUGUACAACGCGAUCCAUCGUGGCGUCGAGCCUGAAUUGUUCCCCUGCAUGAGGAAGUUCGGGAUUAGCUUCUAUGAGUUCAACCCUCUUGGCGGAGGAUUCUUCACAGGACGUUAUACGAAACCAGAGGAUGAGGUCGAGCCAGGUGCGCGGUUUGAUCCAAAUAAAGGUCAAGGUCAAAACUACAGAAAAAGGUACUGGAACGAGCCACAUUUCAAAGCGCUCGAAAUCAUCAAGAACGCUUCUGAUAAGGCAGGCCUGACAAUAGCUGAAGUUGCGCUUCGCUGGGUAUCACACCAUAGUCUCAUGAAGAGGGAGCACGGAGAUGCGAUUUUGAUCGGAGCAUCGAGCCUUGAGCAUAUUGAACAGAACCUCAUUUAUCUUGAGAAGGGUCCUCUUCCUGACGAGGUGGUCAAGGCACUUGACGAAGCGUGGAUGCUCGUCAAACCGUACGCUUCAAAUUACUUCCACUAAUCGAUAUUCUCUAUUUUGCCGCAAUAAAAAGAAAGGAAGAAAGUAUGAGAUAGUAGAUAAAUAUGAGAAUUAUGAGCAUAUUUGCUCAAUUUAUGUAUUCUUUAAGUCAUUUGAAUGACCAACGAAAUAAAGC